UCUAGGCUAGGCCCCCACUGGCCUGGUUAGCAGAUGUGGCAACGCUCUAAUUCGUUUAGUAAAAUUAUAUCUGUCUGCCGAUUAUUUUGCUUAAUAUAAUUAUAACCAAUUCACCAACGUCUUAUUUUAAAAAGUUCGUCACUUUUUGAGCUUUCUCUUUGUCGCGAAAGUUCGACCUCUCUGUUUGAUCUUUACUCGGGGAAUCGGGGGAACAAACCCAUUUACAUGCAUUCAUUUUGAGAUUCGGAUCGGACCUCUUUGUAUCAUCAGCUUUGAUUACUGUCUACUCAAAAUGUGGCCAAUUAUGCGACGCACGAAUACUGUUCGACGAAAUUACUCAAAGAAAUAUUGUGAAUUUGACGUCUAUGAGUAUUAGUUACGUACAAAAUGACAAUGCCCGUGAAGCAUUAUCGUUAGUUAAGGAAUUCUUGAUUAAAGAUGGUGAAAGAAAUAAAGAUAACACCGAAAGCAACACCAGCCUGAAAUUCUUUGAGCUUUUCUGUUCUCGAUGUAGGAAGACCGCUUGAGGCAACCUCAGAGAGUUUUCUACGUGUAUCAAUUUUCAUAUACUUUGAUCUCCAUUUGAGGGAGAAGUUUCUGAAAGAAUUUUCAGAAAAGGAGAAAAGUCAAACACAACGGUGUACAUUUUCUUGGAAUUUUAGCGUGUGGAAAUGUUGAACAAAAUCAUGUGGAUGUAUUGCAAUAAAGCCCAGUGAGUGAAGAUGACCCGUCUGACUUAAUCAUAAGCACAAUAGCUUUGCAAGUUUCUGAGUCUGAUCAGAACGAUGGCUUGCAAACGAAUCCUAGUUCAAUAUCUCUGGCUUAUAACCUUUUUCUUGUUUAUCUUCUCUAGCUCUUUGACUAUCGAUACUCUUCACCAAGGCCAAGUGCUUAAUGCAAGAGAUCGCCUUGUUUCUGCAAACGGGCUCUUCACUUUAGGUUUCUCGGGCAGUUACUUGGUUUUGAACUACACAAGUCCUGCUCCCAGUCAGUUCUUCUUGCCAAUUGAUCACCCUCUCUGGUUAGCCAACAGAGAAGACCGUGUUUUGGAAAAUCCAGGAGUUCUUACGCUUGAUAAUGGAACUGGAAUGUUGAAAAUUAUCCAGAACGAUGGGAAACAGAUUAAAACAUUAUAUGUAGGAUCUGCGUCGUCCAAGGCAAACAAUGUAAAAGCCAUCCUGCAAAAUAAUGGAAAUUUCGUGCUGAAAAAAGUCAGCUCCGGAGAGAUAUUGUGGCAAAGCUUCGAUGAUCCCACAGAUACCCUUUUACCCAGAAUGAAAUUGGGUGUGAAUAAAAGGACAGGAAAGAAAUGGAUGCUUAGGUCAUGGCGAACUGAAUAUAAUCCGAUACCUGGAGGUUUUACUCUAGAAUGGGACCCUCUUCAACGCCAGAUUAUUGGGAAGAGAGGAGGAGUUGAAUUUUGGACCAGUGGCGUAUUGACACCUGAAGGUACAUUUUAUAACUUUGAUUUUCCGUUCUAUAAUUUCACUCAUAUAUCGGACGAGGAAGAGGACUACAUCUUUUAUACACUCACGAACGGAAGGCCGUAUAAAGUCCCGAUGAAUAAUUUAAGGUGGUUUCUUGAUGACUUGGGGAACAUAAUAGCAGAUGCAGGAGGGCUUUUGCCUUUAACUGAAGUCUGCGAUGGAAAUAGCACAGAGAGGGGUUGCAAGAAAUGGGAAUUUGGGCCGAAGUGCAGGAGAGAUGGCGAUAAGUUUGCCAAAUCCUUUGGUAGUGUCAGGUCUUGGCUGAGUAACUCUUAUGAUCUCAGCUUCGUUGAUUGCCAGAACUUAUGUUGGAAUGAUUGUGAGUGUACUGGUUUCACGUUCGACUCAUCUUGCCAACUGACUGGUGGACCUUAUUCUAACCAAAAUCUAGGAGAUAUAGAUCGAUUAUAUGACUACUACAUCAUCAUUCCUGGACCGCCACAUAAAGUGGAUAGGACAUGGAUAUGGAUCGUAACGGGUAUAGUGACCGCUCUAAUUGCUGCGUUCAUGUCCACUUGGUUGUACUUGAGAUGGAGGAAACUGAAAUUAGGAGAGAAAUUUCUGAAAGAGCUGAUGACUGAUGAUAGAGCUAGAGACAUUGAUGAGCUUCAAAACAAUGGAAACAGAAGCUACAAUCUGCAAAUCUAUGAUGCUGCAACAAUCAGUGCUGCUACUAAUAGCUUCUCACCAGGCAACAAACUUGGAGAAGGUGGUUUCGGACCUGUUUACAAGGGGAGAUUAAGGGAUGGACAAGAAAUAGCAGUAAAAAGGCUGUCAAGUAAAUCAGGACAAGGGCUGGUGGAAUUCAAAAAUGAGCUCAUACUCAUUGCUAAAUUGCAGCAUAUGAACCUUGUAAGGCUUCUAGGUUUUUGCAUCCAAGGAGAAGACAAAUUGUUGGUCUAUGAGUAUAUGCCUAAUAAAAGCUUGGAUUUUUACAUCUUCAGCGUGAUUGUGAAUUUGGAUUUGAGCAAGAGAUUAAACAUAAUUAAAGGAAUAGCUCAAGGUCUGGUUUACCUCCAUCAUCAUUCAAGGUUGAGAAUUAUCCAUAGAGAUCUCAAAGCAAGUAACAUCUUACUUGACCAAGAUUUUGUCCCAAAAAUAUCUGAUUUUGGUCUGGCUAGAUAUUUUAGGCAAAAUGAGUUAGAAGCAAAUACUUGCACUGUUGUUGGAACCCACGGUUAUAUGUCUCCAGAAUAUAUCAUGGAAGGCAUUUUCUCGGUCAAAUCCGAUGUUUACAGUUUUGGAGUGUUGUUGUUGGAGAUCAUAAGUGGUAAGAAGAAUCAUAAUGUGUAUCAUCAUGACCGUCCGCUCAACCUUGUGGGUUAUGCAUGGGAAUUAUGGAAAGACAACUCAAUAUUGGAAAUUCUUGAACCGAGUUUAAGGAAUUCAGCUUCUGAAGACCAAGUUUGUAGAUGUAUGAAUGUAGGAUUGUUGUGUGUGGAGCAGAGUCCGGUAGACAGGCCGAUCAUGUCGGAUGUUUUGUCCAUGUUAAAAAAUGAGGUUCAACAAUUGCCGAUGCCGAAACGACCAGCAUUUUACAUAGGAGAACACGUUGUUGCAGUCAACCAAAGUGAAAGAGACAUGAAAAUUCAAUCAAUAAAUCACAUAUCGAUUUCUGAGAUGGGUGGAAGAUGAAUGAGCAAGAACACAUACCUUAAAAUAAAUGAGCCUGUUUGGUUUAUAUGAUUAGAAGUUAAAAAUGUAAUCAAAUUUGAUAAUAUUGUGUUGUUAAUAAGCUCUUAUUGCAGUUUUCGUUUUUCCAAAAGACCAGUGAAUUGUAGUGAAAUUGCAAGUGCCAUGUGGGUCAAAUUAAAAAUGCAAUCUAAUUAGAGAUAAUUUAUCACA